GUGAUCCGUUUCCUCUCUGACCAGCGGCCCAGCUCCAUGUAGCCACGGUAAGCACAACUUCCAUCCCACACUAGUUAGGGAUUUAUGCAUAGGGUUUGGAUUUGAUUAGUUCAUGGCUGAACAUUGGAUGAGCGUAGAUAGAUGUAUGGGUAUGAGUAGUUGUAUGUUGCUUAUUGUUGAGUAAUUUUGUUAGUAUAGAUGGACAAAGCAAAGGUGAAGACACCAAAAGCAGUAUGGGAUGCAUAUGCAACCAAAUUUUUUUGCCAGAUUUGUAAGGAAGAAACUCUAGCUGGGAAUAGGCCAGGGACUACCUUGAGUUCCAUUGGGUACAAGAAUCUUGAGGAAAAUUUUUUUGCUGUCACCAAACGACACUAUCCACAUGGAAAAUUAAAGAACAAAUGGGAUGCUUUGAAGCCACAGUACAACUUGUGGUUGGAUUUGAAGAGGGCUGCAACUGGUCUUGGUUUCGAUGUUACAAAGGGGAUAAUUACAUCAAGUGAUGAAUGGUGGGAGGACAAGAUAGCGCAAAACAAGAAAUAUGCAGCCUUUCGUGAAGCACCUAUGGACAACCUUGAUGAGCUUGAAGUUAUGUUUCAACACAUCAAUGUCACAGGUUUAUCUUCGGUCAUUCCGGGAGUUCAAAAAACAACAGCUCCCAUUGAUGUUGAUGAUGAUAGUAAUGACAACGAAGAAAUUGGACAUGCUGGACAGGAUGCAAAAAAAGGAAGUAAAACGUAAAGCUAAUGCUAUUGAUAAUCUUUUUAGCCCUAAGAAGAAGGGUAGGAACCCUAUGGUUAAGCAAGUGUCACGACUUAUCGAUGUGCUGGCUACUAGUAAGAGCAAAAAUGACCAAAAGGUUGAAGAUGACAUCAUAGAGCUCAUGGAUCAAGCUGUCAAUGCAGGGGCUAGGGAAGGGAGUGAUGAGCAUUUUAUGGCCAGCCAACUCUUUGUUAAGCGCAAAAAUCGUGCAGUGUUUCGUUCCAUCAAAAGUAAUGAAGGAAAGAUGGCUUGGCUGAAGAGGAUGUAUGAAGAGAGGAAAAGGAAAUAGACUAGUCUCACUCAUGUGCUGUAUCCUUUUAUGUAAUGCUACCCUUUUAUUUCAGCUGUGUCUAUGUAAUGCUACCUUUUUAUUUCAGCAGUCAUUCUAUGUAAUGCUACCUUUUUAUUCCAGUUGUGUCUAUGUAAUGCUACCUUUUUAUUUCAGCCGUGUCUAUGUAA